UCAACAUGUCCGAUACCAGUGUAAAUCUUGAUUUCAUGGCAUCAUAGUAACCAGGGUGACGUGAAUAUAAAUUAAAAAUUUCAUAUAUAUUUUGUUGUAUUUAAUCACCAGGAAGGUCUAUGCGUGUGCACGAUUUUAAUAUUUAAGGCAUGGCUGUGUACUUCGACCAUCGCCUGGAAACAGCCCCAGGGACGAUUAGCACUGAAUUAAGUUGGUUCAGUGGUGCUCCAUUGUUAGCAGUCACAUCAUAUGGAGAGGAAAAUGGUGGAUUCGUUACACUUUAUAAUGAGGGGGAAAAAAUCCUUAAUACACGCUUAGAACAAGCUUGCCAUGCAACAUCUGUGUGUUGGCAUCCAUCAAAGAAAAUUGUUGCUGUUGGCUGGGAAAAUGGAGAGUUGCUUGUCUGGAAUGAGCAAGAUCGGGAACUGUUUGAGGGCGUACAUAUGCAUAAAGAACCAAUCACACUAUUGCAGUGGAGCUCAAACGGAACACGUCUGUUUACAGGAGACAAGAAAGGGAUUUUGAUAGUAUGGAAAUCUGACAGCAAAGGAAGACUGCAACAAAAUCCAGUUUGUCAGCAUCACAUCCAGGAGCCGCUCACUGACAUUGUGUUAAAACCACCACCCCCGCCUGAUCCAUCCACAGACAUCAGUGAACUAGCGCGGGCGGCGGUCAGUGGGGAUGAAAGUGCUCUCGACAUGUUCAACUGGAAACGAGGCAAGAACAACAAGAUGAUGACCACCCAGUUUGGACCGUCUGAAGCCAUGUCCUUCUUUGUGGGCGGGGCUAGCGGUGGUGUGUAUUUUGUGAAUGAAAGUGGGCAGUGUAUUCAGGCUUUCUCUGUGGAUGGUCCAGUGAAAAAGCUGAUGUAUUAUGAAGACAAGAACAUUUUGCUAACCAUCACAGACAAUCUGCUGCUAUCCCAGCAUUCAGUCAUGUCUGAAGGAGACACCAAGGAACUCCUUAAGGUCAAGUUAAGUGGUAAGACAGAUCAGCCCAACUUUAUCUGGGCCAGUAAAGGUCUGCUAGUCACUGCAACUGGGGAGAUGGUCAUAAGACUGUGGGACCUGGAUCUGGAUGACAACUAUGUUCUCAGUCUAGACGGUCAUAGCAGCUACGACCAGAAUGAAACCAUUAUUUGUUUGGCCUACAAUGCUGAAAGAGGUAUCAUUGCAGGAGGUACAAAUAUGGGUAACAUUGCGAUGUGGAAGUACUCCCCUACAGCUGGUUACCGGAAGGUAGAUGGAGAUGAGAAAUGGAAACUGCAAGCUCCUGCCACGGUGGAAGGACCAGUCCGACAGAUUAAGUGGGGCAGCAACAGGGCACUUAUGGCUGUGACCACGAUAGCUAAUGUGUUUAUCCUCAGUGAGCAGGUCAUGACCUCAAGUUACAUGGACCAGACUGCUGUUGUUCAAUAUGGACCAAGCUCGCUGUCUAUAGAAAUGUUCACCACAGGAAACCACCAUGAUCUGAAAACUGAUAUCCAAGUGAAAGGCAUAUGCACAACAAAGGAUGCCCUGGCUAUUUGGAAUGGCAAACGUGUUAUCAUCUAUGAAUAUUCAUCAGACAAGUUAAUCAUAAAAGCAGUAGGUUCUUUCACCACCGACUCCAUGAUGAUCUGUCUGUAUGAACAGAAUGUCUACUCUAUAGAACAAAACAAAGUGCAAGUGAGGACGUUCCAGGGCACUGUAAAACAGCAUCUCGUUUUCACUGAUCUGGAAGGAGAUCCCGUUUCAAUAGAUGUGUGUGGGAAUUACCUUGUCAUUGCCACUGAACACGGCAUCCUUAAAGUCUACGACCUUGUACGAAGGGAGGCAAAAAUGCACUGUAACCCAAAAGACUUGGCUGAUUUUGUUCAUGAUUUUGGAGGAGUGAUCUCAAUACGGUGUAAUGCUGCAGGAAACAGAGUCAGUAUCCUAACCAGAAAGAAUAAUGGUGUGCCUGAUAACAAGCUGUAUUUGUGGGAUGUUGAGAACGACUCUAUCCAGUACUUCAACUUUGAGACUGGCCGUGGGGAACAGGAUGAUUACCCCCCACCUGAUGGCAAAACGGAGGAGAGUGAUGCUGAUACCAAUGAUGCUGAAAGAGGUAAAAACCAGGCUGCCAAAGACAUUGCUGGGCGACGCCCCCUCACCCACUUGUGGGAUCCGAGCGAGCCGAAGCUGCUGGUGUGUGAGGCGAACAUUCUUACUGUGAAGGAAGAGAAGGAUCUCAAGAGAAAGCCAUCGCUGACCAAACCAAUGGAAGAGGAACCGGUUGAAACGAUGAUUGUGUCACUGUUCUGCACACCUGAGAAUGGUGUUCUUAUUCAGGACAGCUUUGCGAUACCUGAACAGUAUAAUUCUCUGCUUGGAGUGCAAGUUCCCUACCAUUACUUUGUUAAAAAGCCUGAAAAUUUGAUGGCUGAUGACGGAACCUCAGUGCAGCAUGACCAUGUUCUCAACUCGGAGACUGGUACAGCCGUAUAUCCUAAACUCGUGGCUCGCAAAGUGAUGCGUGACUUUGUCGGGCUGGAAAACAGUGACAAGGUGACAAGAGAUGCCAUGAUGAACUUCAGCUACUAUCUCACUAUUGGAAACAUGGAUGAAGCAUUUAAGUCCAUCAAACUUAUCAAGAGCGAGUCUGUGUGGGAGAACAUGGCUAAGAUGUGUGUGAAAAGUCGCCGUCUUGACGUGGCCAGUGUGUGUCUGGGCAAUAUGGGACAUGCUCGAGGGGCUAAGGCAUUGAGGGAAGCAACCAAAGAACCAGAACUGGAUGCAAAAGUGGCUGUCCUAGCCAUUCAACUGGAACUUUUUGAGGAUGCAGAGAGACUACUUAGGAACUGUAAGCGCUAUGAUCUGCUGAAUCAGUUUUACCAAGAUAGAGGACAGUGGAGCAAGGCUUUGGAGACAGCUGAGAUGUAUGACAGAAUUCACCUACGAACGACGUACUAUAACUAUGCUAAACAUCUUGAAGAGAGUGGAGACCCAGGAGCCGCUAUCCCACACUUUGAGAAGUCUGAGACUCACCGGUUUGAAGUUCCACGGAUGCUGCUGGAUGAUGCCGUUCAGCUGGAGCAGUACGUUCAGAAAAGCAAAGACAAGUCGUUGCGCAAGUGGUGGGCCCAGUACCUGGAGAGUAACGGGGACAUGGAGGCAGCCCUCCAGUACUACGAGGAGGCCCAGGACUAUAUGUCUCUGGUGCGCGUCUACUGCUUCUGUAACAACAUGGAAAAGGCAGCUGAGGUUUGCAAUGAGACUGGUGACAGGGCAGCUUGCUACUACUUGGCCAGGCAGUAUGAGAAUCAGAAUCAGAUCAAGGAAGCUAUUCACUUCUUUACUAGGGCACAAGCAUUUGGUGGAGCCAUCAGAUUGUGUAAGGAGCAUGACUAUGAAGAUCAGCUGGUUAACCUGGCUCUGAUGGGCCGGCCAGAAGACAUGAUGGAGGCCGCGCGCUACUAUGAAGAACACCCGCGCUACCAAGACAAGGCAGUCAUGUUGUACCACAAGGCUGGCAAUUUCUCCAAAGCACUAGAUCUUGCUUUCAAGACGAAACAGUUUGGUGCCCUUCAGCUAAUAUCGGGUGACCUUGACGAGCGAGCAGACCCAGAGUUGUUACAGCGGUGUGCUGAUUUCUUCCUCGAAAAUGAACAGUACGACAAAGCCGUUGAUUUGCUCGCCAUUGGCAAGAAGUACUGGGAAGCACUGAGAAUCUGCAUGGACCAGCAUGUGGAUAUUACUGAAGAUCUAGCGGAGAAGUUGACCCCGCCCAAGACGGAUGGUGAGAACGACACCAUGGAGCGCUUGAAGAUCCUCGAGGCUAUAGGAGAGGUGUGCAUGCACCAGGGCCAGUACCACCAGGCCACCAAGAAAUACACUCAGGCAGGCAACAAAAUGAAGGCGAUGAAAGCCUUGCUGAAGUCUGGUGACACAGAAAAGAUUGUCUUCUUUGCGGGUGUUUCAAGACAGAAAGAGAUAUAUGUGAUGGCUGCUAACUACCUGCAGUCCCUCGACUGGCGCAAAGAUCCUGAAAUCAUGAAAAACAUUAUUGGCUUCUACAACAAAGGCCGAGCUUUAGACUCGCUAGCAGCAUUCUAUGAUGCUUGUGCUCAGGUCGAGAUAGAUGAGUAUCAGAAUUACGAAAAGGCCCUUGGAGCGCUGGGAGAGGCAUACAAAUGUUUAAGCAAGGCCAAAAUGCAGGAUGCAGCAAUGCAAGAGGAGAAACUCGCACAGCUCAACCACAGAAUGGCUCUAAUAAAGAAGUUCAUCACAGCAAGAAGGAUUUACACAGAGGAUUCUGAAGAGGCAAUGAAACAGUGCCAGGUGCUGCUGGAAGAACAAAAUGUGGAUUCUGCUGUCAGAAUCGGGGAUCUCUUUGGCUUCAUCAUCGAACAUUAUGCACGGAAAGAAAGAUGGAAGGCAGCUUACGCUGCUCUAGAAGAAAUGAGGGGACGGAUUCGGGGAACAAAUAUUACUUACUUUGUGAACUUGAAAACAAUCGAGGAGAUCCACAAUGCACUGAACAUUCCACUGAGUCGAACAAUCAACAGCAGCACGAUGAAUGGAUUCCACACGAAGAAUACGGAGAAUGAGGAGGAGGAGGAAGGGGAGUUUGUGGAGGAGGAUGUAAUAGAUGAGAUGUACAACACCGGAGGCAAUGUCUGAUAGUCAAGGGGGGACAACUGGUGACUAAAUAAUGUGAUAAUUGACGAAAGACAAACCCAAACAUGAACAGAGCUUUCCCUAGCGGUAGUUAUGUUGACCACUUGCACAUUUUUAACACUGUGACCCUUCAAAAGUUCAUAUUUGGUUUAUAAACUUUUUUAUAAGUUAGACUUCUCAAUAAUGCUUUAUGAAAACAUAAAUAAAAAAAAGAAGGGCUAAAAGAAAAUCCUUUGUGGUAUGAGUUGUAAAUAAAUAAAGCUUGUAGUGUGAUUCAAAGAAAUGGCGAUAAUGGUUCAAGACAAAGCUGUUAGCACACACAUACCAUAUUAAAAAGAAAAUGUGUAUGUUGGCAGGAUUCCUGCUGGCUGCAUUGAUUCACAGUUAAAAUGGGUGGUAAUAUUGUACAUACCAAGUAAUAAAUGUAGGAAGUAAUUUUCUUCUUUCUGUGUGUUUUAUUUAUUAGAAAUGUGUUACGUAUUUAAUCAUUAUUCAUAGUGGCUAAACAAACUACCAAAUCCAGAGCUGAUGAAACUUGUGGUAGAAGCAUCCGUCUGAGACUUGAAACAUUUCCACCAUACAAUCUGGAUAACUUUUAUGUGUUAGACUCUGAUUUGUCUGAAGUACAAAUUAACCACCCUUAUGGUUGAUGGGUUAAACCAUUGGCUUUCUAACCAGUAGGUGUUGAGCUUGAAUCCCAUUACUGGCUCGGACUGAGAGUGUCAACAGCCAAUACUUCAAGUUUCCCUUUCAUACAUUGACCUGACCUCUCACCUUAAUUGCAGUCCAUCCCAAUAACCUAACUGAACUGACACUCCCAAGUUUCCCUCAUUCUCUUUUAGUCUUGAGCAGGUCUUGUAUAACCGAAGCCAGUCUUACAAAAACAACAUUGGUUGUCUGUAUCUCGGAUCACUCGUAAAAAUACCUCAGACUCACAUUUUCUUUCUGUCAUAAUUGCUUUCUUUUCAUAACGUAAUACACAAGAAAUGAAAUAUAUGAUAGUGGAGGAGAUUAUUUUGCCAUGUUUUAUAUACGGUGUAAUAUAUAUCUAUAUAAUCAUAUGGAUAUGUUAGACUUGUUUUGUCUUGAAACAUUUUAGUUUAUGUUUGGGAUCAUCAAAAUAUUAUAUUGUGUUUGGUGGGCUUAACUUGUUUGCAAGUCUGGUGCAUUAAAUAGCCAUUGCUGUAUCAGUUUUACUACAUUACAAAUGUAUAUAAAUUUCAAUUUAUUUUGUAAAAAAUGUCUUAUGUUUGUGAAUGGUAGUUUUGUGAACAAGUGUUACAUAGAAUACAAUCAAAAGGUUAAAUACUUAAUAGCAUACCAAUAUGUUAUGCUCAGUUUCCUCUGCAUUAGCAGAACAAACUAUUACUUUGACUGGUGGAUCAGGGGAGAUUAAUAUAUUGGGGAUGAGGAGGUGUAGAAUAUGUGACACCACUAGACAAAAGAAUUAAAUCUGUGCUUUUUAGGAUAGUCAGCAAGCCUCAAAAUUAAUGAUUUUUUCACACAUUUUUGUAGAAAUAAAAAUGCCCUAACUGGAUACAAUUUUGCAAAUAAAUGUCAUUAUAUAAGACUACAAACUGAAUAUUGACUAAUUUCUGUUCAUGUUUUAAUGUUAGUUUUAAUGUAGAGUGUAGACAGAAUUCACAGAAUUCAUCUGACACGAAUCAUCCUGAACAGUAACACAUCUGUAUUGGUAUUGGUAUGAACUAUGUGAUAAAUACAUUUGAAAAGAAUCAUUGCAUUAAGAGUGUAAUGACUGCCUGUACUCAAAUAUAAAUCUAAAUCUCAUUCCAAAUAGUAAAUCUAUCCAGACAUUUAUCUAUAAUGAAACUGUUUAUUGCAUCUAUGAGGACUCAGUCCUGGCUGCACCGGUGUAGAGGUGGUUUGAUACGGUGACGAAAAGUAUCUUUUUAACACUACUGUAGACUCUGGUUGGCUUGAAAUAGCAAGGGUCAUACAAUACUAGGACCAAAGUUGAUUGUUUUUUAAAUUCACUGUCUUGUUGAAGGGUCAGAUUACCCAUGAGUUGAAUAUAACCCUUUAUACAAUGAUUUCGGCCUACUUUGAUCCAAGUCAUUGUCAUGUAACUAGUGAUAUUUCACUAAAACUGAUAGUUGAUAAGAUCUCUAAUGGGCCCAGCACACUUCCAUGUUGAUUGUAUUGAAGUAUCAAAUUAUACGGUAUAAUACAAGCAGUUCAUAGUUCCUGGGGAUGAUUAUAUGUGAUUUAUAGAAAGCAAGUGCUGAGAUUGGUUUUUUAAAUCUGUUUUUCAAUCUCAAAUAUGCAUGUUCAGAUUGUCAUGUAUUACUGAGCUUAUUCUAUUUUGUUUUGAUGUUUUGUUAUAGUUUGGCCAAUUCUGGGUUUUUUAAAACCACAUUAAAUAUUUGUGGUAGUGUGAAGAUUAGCUGUGAGGGGCAGUGGUAUAUGUUUUGCUUGGAAAAAGAAAGGAAAAGAUUAAUACGUUUUGCUGGAGUCAGUUUCCUUGUAAACGCAUCCAUUUCAUAUCCCCACUAUUUAUACAAGUCAGUUUUAUACUAGUGUUGUUCACCAGUCAUCAGGGAACCUUUUGUUCAGUAUCACAUUGCAAGUAUCAAAGACUGCUACACAAUUGUAAAAUGUUAAAUAGUAGUUGUAUUGCUAAUCAAUUUUCAAGUGAUUAGCAACUGUUUCUUUUAAUCAAAAUUAAAAAAACCAAUGUGCUCCCUGGUAAUUAAAAAUCGUCACCACUUGAGUCCGUCCAACUUUGCAAAAUAAAACUUAAUAGUUUAUUGCACAAGACAUGCAAGUGUUUCUAUCCCACUAUUAAAUGUUGACAACAGCAUACAGACUUAUGCUUCUCCAUACUUUAUUCCUGACCAUUCAUCUGUCCGUCCAUUGUAUCUAAACGUGAGUUUUAUUUGUCCAUUGAACUGCCUUAUCUGACCCAUAUGUCCAAUUUUUGAUAGACUUUUUGUUUGUUUGUUUAAACUGCAGAAUUGUCCGAUAUCAUAUCACUUUUGAAAUAAUAAAAAGGCUACUUUAAAAUGACUCAAAGUAAAAAUGAAGCUGUUUUAAAAUUAGCUUGGGGCAAACAUUUAUUAGUAUAACCCGUUUUUUUAAAGACUGGCUUUGUUAACUCUGUGAUGUUUUGGUACAUGUAUGGUGUUUGAAGUGCUGUGGUGCAUCCAGUAAAUGAAGCAUAUGAUGCACAUGUACAAUUUCAAACUCUUUAACUAGUCCUCAUACACAACUAGGCCUUUGUAUCAAGUAUUUAAUGAGUUGUGAUACCAUGGCCAUGUUUAUGUUGUAGAUAAUGUACAACUAAGUACAAACAAUGUUGUGACCAGUUUGUCAAAACAUGAAUCAAAUUUAAUUUGCAAAAAGAGUAUGUGCUGUAGAAUAGUGUUGGAAUGCCUAUCAGGUGUUGGUUGUGGUUAUGGUAAUCUUUGAGUUGGGGGCAAGUUAAAUUUAAUCACUUUUAUAACAAACUAAAUUUGUAAAUGUACCAGUCUAUUCAUCCGUCCACCAGUGUUGCUAGAUAUGAUAUGUAAAUAUAUAUUUUACUUAUUGUAUACAACAGUAAAUUGUUGUAAUGUGGUUCAUAAUCAUUAUAUGCUUAUUUUCAAAUUACCUGUAAUUUGUGUGUGUUUAUUUUAUUUUAUCAAUAACCUAUGUACAUUUACUAACAUUAUACUUUUGUCUUAUUUUGAUCUCAACCCUCCUUAGUUUGACUCACAUUUGUAGAGUUUUUUUCUUUUCUUUACUUUUUAAUUAUUUUUUAUAUUUAGGCCAACCUUAACAAAUAUAUUGUUUUCUGUAGCAUGACUCGCUUCUUUUUUCUGGAGUAAAAAUUUCUCCAUUUUGUUUAUAAGAUUUAUAUGGUGACAUUCCGACUGACCCACUGCUAAAAUAAAAAAGGUUUGUUGGGUUACGGUAAAUGAGUGAUUUGUUAAGAAUGGCCUGAAGUACAUUCCAUAAUGUAAAAGUCUGAACAAGACAACUUUCAUAUGUUGUAAGUUCCACCCUGAUUUAAACAUCUUCAUAUAUCUAUGUAUGUUUUAAUGGUUUAUAACGUUUAUAUGUAUAUUUUACACCGUCCAUUUAGUACAAGUGCAUUUCACACAGAUAUAGAUUUUAUAAUCUUAAAAUGUCUCUUGCCAAAUAGGGGCGAUUCUGUUUAAACAUGUAUAAAAUAUUUUCUAAUUAAUUUGGCAUUCCACACUAUCAGUGUAAAGGGCCUAUCACACGAUUAUAGAUGAGUGCUUUCCGGUGUGAUUACGAACUGCUUCCAUUUUAAACCGUGCACAAGAUUCUUUCUUAUGUUGUUUAAUUGUUGAUGAACUUGACCUGUUUUACAGCAAUGUUUCAUAGUUGGGUGAACUGACCCAUUGACAGUUGACUUUAGAUUGAGUAACCAUCUCUCAGUAAUAACGUGGUUUAGCAGUUCACCGUAAAGCUGGUACUUAGAUUUGAUGAUGAAACGCUGAGACUACUAAGAUACAAGGUCCACAAUUUGAUACAGUGAUUUACGACAGCUGUAUUGAUCAAUACUUACACACAAUUUAUGUCUCAAACUAACUGACUUUAAUUCUCGUGGUAUGUAACUUUUCGAGUUUGCUUAACGUGAAUUUUAGACUACUACAGGCAUUGGGAAAACCAAAAACACUUUGGAUUUGCUAAAAUUGAUAACUUAAGCUAGAUGUUAGUGAUAUGUAAUUUGGUGGAAUUGCUGAAAAUCAUUUAAGCUGACUAAUAACUAGAGUCCUGUGAAUAAGAUUUGUGAUAUGUACUGUAUCGCGACACACAUAUAUCAAGCUACGGCCGUAAGCUAAAGAAAGUCCCAUACCCCAAAAAAUAUUUAAAAACUGAACAUAUAACUAUGUUGUGGUGGUUUUUGUGUGUGUGUUUGUGGGGUUUUUUAAUCGUUAUUUGUUCCUAAAAUGUAGCUCAAUAUAAGUUAAAAUCUGGCACUAAUACUUUAACUGUUCUAAAAAGAAAACUUACACGAAAAAUGUAGUAAGGGCAAAUACUUAAGCCAUUGACAAUUAUCAGCACUUUCACAAGUGUAUGAAGCAUAUUUUGUUUUGUGAUACCCCACCCCCAACUAAAAGCAUACAUUAAAAAAAUUGAUUUUAUAAGGAAUAUUUUUAUCAAUAUAUUUCUUUUAAAAUCAUUCUGUUGUGAAAAUGUCGAUAAUUGUCUUUGAACGGCCCAAACAUACAUGUAGCUUAUAAAUUUUACACUAAAUAUUUGUGAAUGAUUCUUUUGAAAUAUUUCAUAGCACUGACAUGAAAUGGGAUGCCAUUGAAAUACAUGUACAUGCAUAUAUAUAUUGAAAGAGUUGUGAUCAUAACAAAUGAAUUAUAUGUUAGUUUGUAAAUAAAUGUUUUACAAUCUU